AUGUCUAGAAACCUACUAGACAGGCUUAAAGAACUGCAAGAUGCCAUGGACUCUUGUCAGAGAAGUACAGAAAACUUAAUCGAUGAUUACAGACAGAGCGUGCUACAAACGGCUGCCGUGGUGGCGGCCGCGAAAAUCAAUGAGGAGAAAGUUCAAGUUGAAAAGAAAAAAGAACUUCUCCGGAGAAUGAUCGACAGGGAAAGAGAAGCAAGUCAACUAGCUGUUGAGAAAGUGCACAGCACCGCAAAGAAAUCCAUUCAAGCCUUGAUAAAUGACAAGAACAAAGAGUUACAAAAAGCUCUUGAUGACAUGGAACGCACCCACAAGGAGGAGCUGGCGAAGGUGAAAGAUGAAACACGGCAGAAAACAAUUCAUCAGUUCACAGCGAUAAAAAAGAGGAAAAAACGCGCAAGGGAAGAUUCAAAACCGAAGGCUGCUAGAGCUGAACGAGAGAGAGAAAUACCGAAGUGCGCAAGUUGUGGAAAAGUAAGUGCUUCCUUGUUGAUGUGCAGUGGUUGUCGUGUGAAUUUGUACUGCGAUGAAAUUUGCCAAGAGAAAGAUUGGGGCCGACAUGAAAAGCACUGUCCAGAACCGACCAUGCGUGAAAAAGAUACCUAA